ACCCUCCGGUAUCUUGCAACACUCACUUCGCUACCGAAACAAGUCCACCAACGCACUCCACAGAGCUCUUCCAGUAAUCACUUUGAAUAAUGGCACUGAAAUCACUUUUCCUGAUGUCACUCAUUGUUGGGGUGCUUGCGGUGGGUGCUCCCAUGGCUCAGGCACAAUUAGGAGUAGGAGGAAUCAUCGGCUCCCUCCUCGGCCUGAUUCGGAUCAAUGGGAUUGUGCCGUGCCUUCUCAACAGCGCCACUUCACUCAUAAAUGGCACAAUUCCGCUUUUCCCUAAUGCAGUGGUGCAACUUAAGUGCGGAGGCAAUGUGGUGUCCACUGCGACCACAAAUCAGAAUGGUGUCUUCUCUAUUCUGUUGGACCCUCUCCAAUACGUCCUCUCCACAGUACUCAACACUUGCCAAUUGGUGGUCCCAACUCCUCUCUCGAGCUGCAACUCAGCUUUGCCUGUCACCGGGGUCCUCCAGUCAGCACUGCAGCUCGCCGGAAACACACUCCAGGGACUCCUCAGCAUCACCAACAUCGUUCCUACUGGAUUCAAUCUCAUUGGCUGA